AUGACUACUAUACACACCUGUACCAACAAUAAAUGUGAGACUCGGACCAGAAGAGGAAUCACAGAUGCCAUUGCUGAUGUUGUGAAGAAAAAAUAUCAUAGGUGCGACAGUGUUUACACUCCUAGACGGCUGCAGCACGACGUCAAAAUUAAGUUUGGUUUGAGCCUCACUUACAAGCAGGCUUAUCUGUGCAACAAACGCGGCCUAGAAUUAUGUAGAGAAACAUCGGACGAUUCGUACCAGCAUCUUGUCGGUUACAGCCACAUGUUGAGCGGAGACAACCCCGACACUGUGACGGAAAUUCUCACAGAUACGAAUGAUCGGUUUGUGUAUUACUUUAUGGCCCUGGGGGUGAGUGUUAGUGGAUUCAUAUCGUUUUGUAGACCCGCAUUUGCAGUCGAUGGGACUUAUCUUACUGGAGAACGCUUAGGAGUACUACUGACAGCCGUUGCAUUGGAUGACAACGAGCAGUCAUACCCUCUUACUUUUUCCAUCGUCGACGUAGAAAGUAAGGAUUCCUGGGAAUGUUUUCCUUGUAGAGUACACAACUUGUUAGGGAACAUCGACGAUCUUACUAUCAUCUCGGAUAGAAGCACUCAUGCUGCUCUCGCGUUCACUGAUGAACAAUACGAGGAAGCUAUGGAUGACCUUGAAGAAGAAAGCCAGUUAGCGGCAGCUUAUGUAAGAAAACCUGGAGUAGAAUAUUGGGCGCGAGUAAAGGCAACAACCGGACGAUAUUCCCUUAUGACCACCAACAUCUGCGAGUCAUUCAACGGAAGAAUAAAACACGCUAAACAUCUGCCUUUGACUCAUCUUGUUGAUUUCAUUCGGAGAAUUCUAAUGGAAUGGUUCAGUGAGCGUAGGCAAAUGGCUAAUGACUGGAAGCACGAUCUUAGUCCUUUCGCCAAGGAACUCAAGCUUCGAUGGCAUCUCGCAAAGAAUUUCACACCUUGCCUUGUCAAAGAUGAUGAAUAUAAGGUUACAGAAUAUGGAUCUGCAUAUGUACACCUGGUCAAAAUGAAUGCCAGAAGUUGUAGUUGCAAGGUCUUUGAUUAUCAGCACUUGCCAUGUCCACAUGCUUUAGCAGUAUGUGAGAAAUACAAAAUAAAGGUAUUUCCACUCUGUGGCGACUACUACAAGACAUCCAAGUGGGGAUCUAGUUAUGAGGGUCCUAUCUACCCAGUGUUAAGUACUUCCGCGUGGAAUAUCCCAGCCUCGGUGGCUGCUCGUAAGGUUUUACCUCCUUUGGAUAACCGGAAAGUCGGACGUCCAAGAUUGAGCAGGUUACGGUCUCGUAAUGAACCUUGGGCCAAACCAGCGAAUAAGAGGGGAUGCAGGAAUUGUCAUCUUCCCGGGAAUUACCAUACCAGUUGCCCUACCAGGUAA